UAUGAAUGCUAAGCUAACGGGCUUCACGCAAUUGUUUUGUCGGACUCGUGCGUGUGGCAGAUAUACGGGAUGCAUUUUAGGAUUUGAGGCAUCGCCAUCCAGUUUUAUACACAGUAGCUUUGGUUUAGUUUUAAAGAGCAGAGGAGAGGAACAAGAGAGGAGGGAGCCUAAUGCAGUCUGCUGCAGAGACUGUGGAGAAUGCCUCCAUCCUCUCAGGUGGCUCGGCACAGGACGGUCAUCGGCUCUGGAUCGGCAACAUUGACCCUAAAAUCACAGAGUACCACCUAGUGAAGCUCCUGGAGAAGUUUGGCAAAGUGAAGCAGUUUGACUUCCUUUUCCACAAGUCAGGUCCACUGGAGGGCCAACCAAGAGGAUACUGCUUUGUCAACUUCCACACCAAAGAGGAGGCUGAACGGGCUAUUCAGUGUCUGAAUGGAAAACUGGCACUUUCUAAGAAGUUAGUGGUGCGUUGGGCUCAUGCUCAGAAGUUUGAACCCUUCAGAGGGGACAAAAAUGUGCCGGCCAGUUUAGAGCCUUCAUCCAGUGAAGCAGAGCAGCUGUCAACCACACUGAGUGUUAAUGCAAAGAUCCGUGCCAUCGAAGCCAAGCUGCAGAUGAUGGAAGAAAACCCAGAUGACUAUCCCGGCCCAUCUGUGUACAUCUACAACAAACCCCCCGAUAAAAGAGACAAGAGGUCCCAGCCCUACUACAAGCCGUUCCGCAAAUUCAGGAGAUGACCUCUCCAACAACUGGCCAAGUGUCUCUGCAGUGAGCGGACUGUGAGAUUUGCGGAGAUAAGCUGCUCUUGUCUCUUGGCCAGUGUGAGACUGUAAUGUAUUAUGAGAAGAGAGUGUCCAAGACCUUCGAUUGGUAGUGCUGUUCUGUUUCUCAGCCAGCGGAGGAGUCUUUUUACUGUGAAAGACAGCUGAUGUAAGCAAAAUCUAACCACAAAAUUCUAGUGAAUUUAGUUUUUCCUUUUUUCGAAUAUUGAUGUUACCCAAGUAAUUUCAGUUCUUCAGGUUUUAAAGGGAUAGUUCAGUCAAAGGAUGACAGUUCUUUCAUCAUUUACUCGCCCUCGUGUCAUUCCAAACCAGUAAGAGGAUAUUUUGAUAAAUGUCUUUUUUUUUCUUUUGGUCAAGUCAUUGUGGUCCGAUGUUGUUUGAACCCUAAAAUAUCUCCUUUUGUGCUCCGCAGAAGAAACAAGAGCACGGGUUCGGAAAAACAUGGAGGUACAUAAAUCAUGACAGAAAUUUCAUUUUUGGCUGAACUAUCCUUUUAAGAGUUCUGCACCUCUUCAAAAUCUCAAUUUACAUCCCUCUCUAGAUAUCCUUUCUGAAUAUACAGUAUCUCACAUUGAUUUUUACUCGCUUGUAAACUGCCCAAAAGUGUUGUUGUGUGUUGUGUGAGUCUUAUGAUCCUAAAUCUACAUACUACUCAGACUUUCCCAUUCUUUGUUACACUGUUGUAUGUGUAAAGGAAGCACAAUAUUUUGCAUUGUUUAUUUAACUAUUAAUAUCUUGCCUUUUUAAGUCUAAAGUGAAAAGGGCUUUUAUUAAAUGAUCUGGAGAGGGGGCAUCACAGUUGAUGUCAUGAACCGUUUUGAUCAAGUGUAAAUAUCCAGGUAUUUUGAUAGAUUUUGCUCCUGUGUGUCCAAAAUUAAAUGAAACUGUCCUCCUGUGAGGUGUUCAAACUGGAUUCUCCUGCUUUUAUUUGAAAUGGACAUGCUUGUUGGACAUUGCUUUGAACUGUCUGUAAUGAUCGAUAAUAGGCUAGUGCUGUAGUGACAAUUUCUAUAGCACCGUUGUCUCAGUAGCCUACGUUUAUUUAUAAGACUGCCACCGUUUUCAAUUACGAACAGGCCUAGUGAUGAGUAUAAGGUAGUUAUAGUCUCUUCCCAUAAACAGAAUUUAAUUCAAUAUCAGUUGAACCCUAAAAUAAUCAGUUUUCUUAUUUAUUAAAACUCUUCCGUUUUUAAAUUCGGAUUAGCGGACUUUCAUAACAAUAUAGCGAAUCUGACCCCCUGUCAAUUUCCUUUUAUUCAGUUUUAUUUAUUAUUUUUGAGUUACUGGGUUCAUUUAUUUUUCGACGCUACCUUUCCUGAUGUUUGUGAUAUUAAAGUAAGUGGUCACAUUGACUAACGAGGCAAGUUUCCGCCAUGUACACUUAAAAAUAAAGGUUCUUCAUUUG